AUGGUGGCAGCGCUCAUUGAGGGCACUCUGCCCUUUCUUCGUCCUCCUGCUCUACAUCAAUCUCGCCGUCACAUCGCCGGGCGCCAUCUUCUCAGACGCGUGCGCAGAUCCCGCUGCUGCGUCCCAGCUAGUAAGCGGCCGGUGAUCUUCUUCCGUUUUGUAGUGUAACAAAAUGAGUAUGUAUGUCUUGCCUUAAAUUCGAUGAGUAGAGAGUAGAAGGGCGUAGCUCGGAAUUCGUUCGUGGGAAAUCCCCGUUGAAGGAGACUGAAGCUACCCCGCACGGUGGAAGGAUGAUGAGACUGAAUGCUCCUCGGCGAUUCUGUGCCACACGUUCCACGGGAAUCGAUGCGAACACUGUAGGCUCCCAAUUUCGGAUUCUUGUUAAAGGAUUGGACCAUCCAACUCGAAACUAAUUCGUGGGAAUGGUGGACGAGCAUCUGUUUAACGGCAGAAUUUUAUUUAUCUAUUGUAAUGUGGGGUUCCCCUUCUUGUGGAUGUCGACUAAUUUUGGUUAUUCCCAGUAGGCAAGAAAAAGGAGGAACAAGGAGUCCAGGGGCAGGAUCAUCGGCUUAGAUAGUAUCUUAGAAUAUUGGAGGUGUCCAGCUCAAAAUUAAUCCAUGAAAGUAAAUAUGGUUCUAUCGGCUUAAAUACAGAGUUUUCGUUCAUUGCAUAAGAUGUAAGAGUGUUUUAACCAUGCAAAUGAAUCACGCACGUUAUCCUCUACCGAAGAGAAGAAAUCCCAUGUCAGCUGAAUCUUUAGUCCUCUUCACGUUGAAAAGGACAAGGAAAAUGAUAUAGUUCAAUAUGUGGUAUGCAAAUAAUUAGGUUGAACAAGUUUCUUUGGAAUAUGCUGGUGGUGUGUAUGGCUUGAACAUAUAAAGUGGUCCUUGCUGAACUCAAGAAACUUUUUUAUUUUCAUUUGAUUAAUUAAAUUUUACCUGGAAAUAUCGUUUGAAUGCUUGCUGAAAUGGGUGAUGGCUGUUGAUUACAACCACAGUGGCGGCUUUGAGUGAUGAUCCUAUUCGAGAAUGGAUUCUUACAGAAGGCAAGGCUACAGAGAUCAGGGGAAUCAGUUCCAUUGGGGGUGGUUGCAUUAAUUUUGCAAAUCGAUAUGAUACUGAUGGCGGUUCCUUUUUUGUUAAGACGAACAGGUAUUUUGUUCAAUAACGUUUCCCCGUCUCCCCUCUAGAUAGAAAUAUUGGAUAUCGUUUCUUGGUAUAGUGAUCGGCAGUUUUCUAAGUUAUUUUAUUAGAAUUUUCACCAUCAAGUCCCUGUAUUCAUUUUUCCAUUCUACAGUGUAUUCAGGUACGGAGAAAUGAUAAUUCAUAUUUAUUUAUUCACAUUUUCUAUAUCUAUGACCUCUGGGGUUGUGAGUCAGUUCUAGUGAGAGAUUGUUUGCAUCUUCUUUUGAUCCCAUCCUUGAUUCCACAAUGUCAAUGGCCUACUGGAGAUGAUGCGGUCGAAGGGUCCUACUGUGAGUUCACAUUUCAUAAUUGAGAGGAGCUUAAUAAUCUUUAACUCCAGAGACAUUGAACAGAAAAGGAGUGCCAUUCGGCCCAUCGAGUUUGCCUGAUUUAAUUGAAGCUAAAGAAAAAAGGGAAAAAGCUACCCAGAGUGUACAAGGUAUAGAAAUAUAUUGGAUUUUAUGCGCAUGGUUUAACAGAAAGCAAUAAGCAACAAACAUAUACAAACUCAUGACUACAAUCGAAAAAAUUAGUGGUAUUCUGUACAUCAUCUUACUCCUAAAUAUCAGUUGUUGGAUGAUGACCAUCUCAUCAUUUAGGUUUUAAAAGUUUCAAGAGAAUUGAAGCAGUUGUCUACAUGCUAGAACAUGCCUGGUUGCAGGGAAUUGUCUGGCAACAUCUCCUGGUUUUUCAAAUCAAAAGCCCUGACGUAAGUGGGAUAUAUUCAGUCACUUAGAGGACAUGUUUAAUGAAAAUUUGUCUCUAUAAACACGAGUACAAAUCAGUAAAAUGGAAUAUGGUGGAAAAAAAUUCAGUAAAAUAAAAAAUGCACUUUUUAUGUAAUAAGUGUUCAUGUAAUCAGCGUGGACGUAAGAGAAAUUCUAGUUUACAAAUUUAAACCCAGAUACCAGGUUGGCAUUGAGUUGGAGCAUACACGAUAUUCGUCUGAUUCCAUUCUGAACCUACCAGAACCCCAACAUAAUUCGUUGGAACUAGGAAAAUCUUGGUUCAAGAGAGGAGUGACCGACAAUGAUGUACUUAUCACCUUGUCUUAUUCUUUCUUCACUGAUGAUCCGCUGAAUUUUUAAUUUCUGGAGUUUUACUCUCAGAAAAAUUCUAAAAUGGUCCUCGUCACACCAUUUAAGAACUUUCAAAUACGAUAGUAAGGUUUUUUCAACGCCAUUUAUUUCUAAUGUUUUCCUUUUCAAUAUCACCUCCAGAAAAGUUCUUAUCAAUACUAGAUUUUUCUGAACCCCACAAGAUGAAUCAUAUGACAUAUUCCUGUCUUUGUACUGUUUUACACAAAAGUUAACCUUUAAAUUUCAGACAUUUGUUGUAGAAUAACAUGAUCAAUUUUAGAAUUUGAUCUCGUAAUGACCUUGUAGCUCAUCUUUCUUUCUCAUGAACGGGUCAUAAGUUGAUCUCAUUAUGAUGUUCUAGUUCAUCUUUCCUUCUUAUAAAUACGUCCAGCACUCUGUACGCUGGGGAAACUUAAAACUUAAAUGGUUUCUUUUCGUAUGUUAGGAGUAUUGGACCGUCGAUGUUUGAGGGUGAAGCACUUGGACUGAAUGCAAUGUAUGCCACUAAAACAAUUCGUGUUCCACAGCCCUUUAAGGUGUCAGACUCGUGCUUAUUUUAAGAACAUGGUCGAAGCAUAUAAUUCUUUCGUAAACUAGUCUAGUAUAUGCAUGAUUCAGACAUAAUAAAGCUGCCAUCUCUUUUCAUUCAGGUUGGAGCAUUACCAACCGGCGGCUCCUUUAUCAUUAUGGAAUACAUAGAAUUUGGUUCUUCUAGGGGAGACCAGGUAGUUCUUGUUGCCUACAACUUGAUGUGGUAACUGUGGUAACUAGCCUUGCUUACUCUUUCAAAAUUUUACCUGCAGUCAGUCCUUGGGAAAAAGCUCGCUGAAAUGCAUAAAGCUGGGAAAUCUGACAAGGGCUUUGGGUUUGACGUUGAUAAUACUAUUGGAAGGUGAAUGUCCUGGGCAUGCGUUUUUAUUAGACAGUAAUAAUGAUGUUCAGUAAAUGUUUCAGUUCCCUGGAGUACUUAUUUAAUCUCGAAAAUCUGAUUCAUUACGUUAUAUUAAUAGUACUCCUCAGAUCAAUACCUGGUCUUCAGAUUGGAUUGAGUUCUUCUCUGAACAUCGGCUAGGUUAUCAAUUAAACCUGGCAUUGAAACAGUACGGAGACUCCAGUAUUUAUGAAAAAGGUCGGUUCCUUAAUCCGUCUGCACACAGUUUAUGAGCUUCUGGUUAUCUUUUUUAUUGGGUUGAUGCUCAAAUCCCAAUUUCACUGAAGAAAAAAAGUCUUUUAUAACUUUAUUCGGAUUAAAAAGUUAAUGAUUGGCUGUAGAUUUGAAGGAUUUAUUCGAAUUGGGCACAUGACUUUUUAUCGUUGCACCGCGAUAAAGAGACUAAAAAGUUGAGCUCAAUUUUAAUGGUGAAAUUAUUUCUGUCAAUUGUCACGUUCAACGAGAAAUUAUCAAAUGACAAUAAGGGCAGAAGAUGAAACUGGGUGUUAAUUGUGAUAAAUUACCUUCAGCAGGAUACGUCUGUGUUUGCUUGUAGGAGACGAUCCCUGCAGUUAAAAUCAUUAGAAUUUUAUAAAACAUCUCACAUCAAUGGAAAAUUUGCACCAUUUCCAUCAAGCGUAGUUGAGUUUCAAGAAAAUAUCAAAAUUUUAUGGCUUCAAUGUUAUGUUUCAUACCAUUUAUUGUAGGCAUAUAUAUAUAUAUAUAUAUAUAUAUGCAUGCAUACCUGUUAGGUCAUAAGUGUACAUAAAUAAAUGCUUACCACUAUUAAAUUAAUUGAAAUAUUAACAUUUUGAAAAAUGUUUUAUCUCUUCCUUUCGCUUUUUUACUGCUUCCUUGACUCAUAUACUGAUGCAGGGUUAGAAAAAUAACUCGAUCACCUGGCAGUUCAUCGAAUGUGGUGGCGUAGAUCUUUACUUAAUCCAUUCCAUGGCAGGUCAACGGCUAAUAAAGAGCAUGGGACCUCUUUUUGACGGUGCUGUUAUUGAACCGUGCUUGCUUCACGGAGACCUAUGGAGUGGAAAUAUAAGCUCUGACAAGACUGGGGAACCUGUUAUACUGGACCCAGCGUGUUUCUGUGAGUGAAGAUCGUCCCUUCAUCUUGGAUAUGCAGUGACAUCGUGAAGAGAUUUCACAUGCUUGUUCACUCGCAGAUGGACACAACGAAGCAGAGUUUGGAAUGUCCUGGUGUGCUGGAUUUGGAGGCUCCUUCUAUAGUUCUUACUUUGAGGUCAGAUGGACGGAAACCCUCAUUUCUUGUAGUUUAUUGGGUGAAUCCUAUUUGGAGAGAUCAUCUUCUUCCUUAACAUGCGGGUUCAGCCGCUAGGAAGAUGAUCUCCCAAAAUAUUUCAAAAUUUCCGAUUUUGGGCACGAGAAUUUUCGUCAUGUGGGAUCUCUCCUGGCGCAGGUGAUGCCCAAGCAACAGGGAUUCGAGAAAAGGAGGGAUCUUUACAUGCUCUACCAUUACCUCAACCACUACAACUUGUUCGGUUCUGGGUAUCGCUCAUCUGCAAUGUCAAUAAUCGACGAUUACUUGAGGAUAUUAAAAGCCUAG